GACACGAACGGCAUUUGUUUAUACCUGUUGCAAUGGUGACCAUAACGGAACUGAACUGCGCUCUGAGAGAGGGCCUAGAGUCUCGAGGUGUGUUGGGUCAGCUGAAAGCUGAGGUGUUCAAUGCGCUCGACGAUCAGAGCGAGCCGCGUCCUGCGCAGUCGCACGACAAUCUUCUAAUCAACGAGCUCAUCCGCGAGUACCUGGAAUCCACGAAGUGUCGAUACACAGCGUCUGUGUUGACAGCAGAAUCAGGUCAACCUGAGGUGCCACUUGACAGACAGUUCAUGGCGAAUGAGCUGAAAGUGGUGGAGGACCCCAGUUCCAGAUCUGUGCCUCUACUGUACGGAUUGCUAUCCCACUUCCUAAGCAGCAGUGGAGACAGUGGAGGGAAGCUGUUUCUCAGGGGCUCAGCACCUGCUAAUAUGACCAGAGACCCUAACACACUCCCUGGUCCUGAGUCUUAACACAGGUGUGUCCUGUCUGUCACUCCAGAUUUCACUGGGACUGGGGGUGUUGAGCGACUUUUAUUUUUUUUUUUUUUUUUUUGCAGUUGUCAAGAAAGCCUUAGUAGUGUGUGUUAAUGUUGCCAAAACAGAUUAAAAUCAACAGGUCUGAAUUUGAUUUCAUUUGGCCAAUUGUUUGUUCCCUGAGAGUCUGUAAAUGUAGUAAGUUCUUCACUACUGCUAUGUCCGCAUAGCUGUACAUACUGUAGUAAGCGUUUGAUGUGCCAAUUGCUCAUGAAGAUGUAUCUCAAAUAAACAGUUGUUUUAAUACAUUUUUAUUUUAAUAAAGCAUUUUUAGCUUAUUCGUAAUUAUUAGAUUUUAGGUAUAGGCUACACAUGUUGAUUUUGUUGAUGUGGAUCUAUAGGUAAUAAUUAAUAUUUUGGCAUUAGGUCUAUUGUUUGUAGUUAAUGGGUUUUUCACUUUAUAAAUGUUUUUUAUGUUUCAUCACACAGUGGCUGUAGUAGCACAAAAUAAUUUUGCCUGGAGUAUUCAGGCAUUUUUACAGUGUAUCUUCACUCCCACAUUCUCAUAAAACUCUGUGAUAAACACCUUCCACUGGGGAAGUGCACAGAGGCAAUAAACUGUCUUGAAUGUCUAUUGUGGUCAUGACAAACAAAGCCAACAUUUAUGAAGUCAGUAUAGAAUGUUUAUACAAGUGUUAUCUCAUGGUCUUAGCAUAUAGGCAUUGUACUGUAGAGCAUAAUAUGCUGUAGCUCACAUGUAAAGAAAGACUUAGGCCUGCCUGCUAUCACAUCUACCUUGCGUGUUCCAAAUGGCACCCUAUUCCCUUUAUAGUGCACUACUUUUGACCAGGGCCUAUAGGGAUUCUUUAUCACUAUAUAGGGAAUAUGUAAAAUGAUGUAAAAUAUAUCACUAGCCACUUUAAACAAUGCUACCUAAUAUAAUGUUUACA